AUGGUAAUUCAAAUACCGUUCGGUUUCGUUAGCCUUUUGUUAGUAGCUGAAGCAGCUAAAGUUCAUCAAACAUUGAUUAUCGAUACGAUCUAUCCAUAUCCAACAUCGGUCAAACCAAUUAUUUCGGCUAAUUAUUCGUUCCCUGGUCCACUGAUUGAAGCCUAUGAAAACGAUACGCUUAUAAUUAGAGUGAUCAAUCGACUGCUUGUCCCUUCGAUAAUACAUUGGCAUGGAAUGCAUCAGAUCGGCACUCCAGGUAUGGAUGGUGCUGUCGGAAUUACACAGUGUGCAAUACCGCCGCAGAGUAAAAUGAUAUACAAGUUCAAGGCAGAACCAGCAGGAACGACCUGGUAUCACGGUCAUGUUCUUGAGCAGUACACGGACGGGUUAUAUGGCCCAUUAAUUAUUCGUCGACGGAAUGAGCUGAAUGGGCGUCAUUACGAUAGUGAACGUAUACUCAUGGUGUCGGAUUGGUAUAAUAACUGCGCUCAUACUCAUUUACUCCGCUGGUAUUUAAGUCCACACAAUUCGAAUGGAUACGAGCCUUCACCGGAUGCUAUUGUUGUCAACGGAAAGUUUACUCAAUCGUUGUUUAUUCCACUCUCAGGUUCAUCGCGUGUUCGAUUUCGAAUUAUCAACACUGCAGCCUUCUCAAUGUAUACCGUAUCGAUUGAUGGUCUUCCUUUGCAUGUGAUUGAACUGGAUCAAACCGACACAUUAUCCUACACAGUUAGUUCAUUCAAUAUUAGCGUUGCUCAGCGUGUUUCAUUUUAUAUCAGCUUGAACGAAAUAGACUUGCAUUACACUGCAUCGGGUGGAUCAGCCACAAGUUCACUCUUUAUUCGAUUUCAAGCCGUAUUAUCAAUGUAUCCUGUUGACAUUGUCAAUUACAUUCCUCCAUAUGAGCUUCCACGUUAUCCAUAUCCCACUUUCUUCAAUCCAUUGUAUCUUGCUAUUUUGUCACUUGAUUCGACUAAUGCUCCACCGACAUACCGAGCCAGUCAGCCAACCCCGACACUGCAGAACACUGUUACUCCACUAGACACAAAUCUCUUAGCUGCCCGACCGCUCCAUCAUAAUGAUGAUGGAAUUCCUACUGCAACCCAUUAUUUGAGCGUUGUCAUUGCACUCGCCUCCGAUAAAGAUGGAAUCAAGCGUAGCUAUCUGAAUAAUGUCACAUAUAGUUCAGAUGCCAACUAUAUGCAUGUGAGACCUGAUCCAACACAAGGAAUUACUUCAGACGAAUACGCGCCAUUACUUCAUCAAAUGGCAAUAAAACCUGAUAGCCUAGGUAUUUCACCACCUCGCAUAGAAGCUGGAAGUCCACUACCAACAAUUCAAAGUGAUGGACAGGGUCACUAUUUAGUUCCAUAUCAAGCCGUCGUCGACCUCUAUUUAAGCAACACAGAUGUUGACUCGCAUCCAUUCCAUUUACACGGUUUUAACUUCUGGAUUAUUGCAACGUCGGAUUAUCCGGAAGCCGAAUAUUUGUACUACGAUAACUAUGUUCAACGUGACGUUGUGAGUGUGCCAGGUUCUGGCUGGGCUAAAGUCCGAUUUGUCGCUAAUAAUCCUGGUGCUUGGUUGUUUCACUGUCACAUCGAAUGGCAUAUGAGUGGUGGAAUGGCAUUGGCUUUUAUCGUUUCUCCUCAACAACUACUGACUCAAGGAUACACAAUUCCUAAGAAUCAGAAAAACUUAUGUCAAGCACUACGAGAAUUCAAUGCAGAGAAUGAGACAAAUAAUUGA